CGGCGCUCACAGCUGCACGUAGUGGAGGGAAGCGGCUAGCUCCGUAAAGUCCGAUAGCUCUGUUAGCUCCGUUAGCCCCGUGAGCCGCGUGUGAGUUUGUAGGAUAGUUUACUGUAGUUAUUAGCACCUUCUGCUGUUCCCACCAUGGCGUACCAGCUGUACAGGAACACCACUCUGGGAAACAGUCUACAGGAGAGUCUGGACGAGCUCAUACAGACUCAGCAGAUCACUCCUCAGCUGGCUCUUCAGGUCCUCCUCCAGUUCGACAAAGCCAUCAAUACAGCGCUCGCCAACAGAGUCCGCAACAGAGUCAACUUCAGGGGCUCUCUGAACACCUACAGGUUCUGCGACAACGUGUGGACGUUUGUUCUGAACGACGUGGAGUUCAGAGAGGUCACCGACCUGGUGAAGGUCGACAAGGUCAAGAUUGUGGCCUGUGACGGAAAGAGCGAGUCGACCCAGAACAAAACCGAUAAAUGACUCGGCUCCAGCGCCACAGAGUGGCGUCUCUCCUCGUGUGUUCGGUGUCGGUUGGAGCCGCAGAUGGACCUGGACUGUACAUAUAAUUUAUUACAGCAGAGUCACAGCUGAGAAGUGUGUGUGUGUGUGUGUGUGUGUGUGUGUGUGUGUGUGUGUGUGUGUGUGUGUGUGUGUGUGUGUGUGUGUGUGUGUGUGUGUGUGUGUGUGUGUGUGUGUGUGUGUGUGUCAGAGUGGACCAGUCACUGUACCUGCAUCAGUUUGUUUUUAUUAUCAGUUUACAGGAGUUUGUGUUCAGUUUGCUGUUAUAAUUGAGCUGAAUCAUCUUUAAUAAAAACUUUAUUUAAAACACA